UGAUCGUCUGGCGGAGAGCCGACCUAGCAAUGCUGACCUUUUCAACUUGGAUGCUAUCAGCAACGUACGACAUUAUUUGCGCACCAAAGCGGAUACGAUAAGUAAUGUGGGACAUGAAGCAGGUACAAAGGAGGAGCGCUGCUCCAAUAAUACGCUGUGUUUCUAUUCGGACGUUUUUGUGUAGCCUCAUUGAGGGCUUUAUGUAUCCGAGCAUGCUCCUGAAAGUCGCCGACAACUGUGAAGCCGGAGACUUGUUGCAAACCAGGGCAGAUCCAAUGGGUGCUCAUGAAGAAAUCAGUGGCAUAUGACUUGUAUAAAUUACGCUUUGCAGAGCACACAGCAAGGCGCAGCAUCACAUCGUAUCGCAAGGCAAGGUACAUUUGAACAGUAUGUCAGUUCCACACCACGAGAACGACACAGGGCAGGUGUCAGACUGGUUCGAGGAGCGCCCAAUCAACAAGGCCAGUCGUCAACAGAUUGCUCGUGCAAUUGUCGAUAGGGCCGCCUUUGUAGGCAUCGACUGGGCUAAGCUUCCUGGUGGCACAGAAACGGGCAAGACAGUGCACAUGCUGGACUAUGCGUGCGGGCCCGGGUUCCUGAGUAAGAUAUUCGGACCAUACGUAUCUUCUAUACACGCAGUCGAUGUAUCUUCUGCCAUGAUUGAGAAAUACAUCAACAACAUAGAUACGUUCGGCCUUACUCGCGAAAAGAUUGCAUUCAUGGUCGGCAACUUGCUGUCAGACCCGCCCGAGCCUUCCUCGCUCGACAGCGAAGAGUAUAGCGAUUUCGACCUCAUCACAGUCGGCGCAGCUCUGCACCAUUUCCCCUCUGCGAAGGACGCUCUCCGGCUCUUAGGGCGCAGGCUGAAGCCUGGAGGCGUCCUUCUCAUUCAGGAUCUGUACAGCUACGUUACAAGCGAAGCUGUUCAAGAGGCAGGCAAAGCGAAACAUCCACAACAGAAGGAGAGUGACAUGGCGUCGAUGAUGCGGGAGGCUGGGUUGAUCGAUUUCCACUUUGAGGUGCUGCAGGGAAACUUCGAGAUUGAGCUACCAAGCGAAGAGGUGGGUCAGAUCCGGUGCUUCAUUGCGAGGGGUGCGAGGCCGCUGAGCUAGACUCAGGAGUGGUUAACAUCGCAAGCGUCGUUAUGGGAGUUUAGUAUGCGAAUUCCAUAGUGAUAUCUUGUCAAAUGAUCACGUUAUUUGUGGGGAACCUCGGAAGUCUAAGGUAUUUGGUGUAGCGCACGUGUGGCGUAAGUGUGGCACAGCCAAAG